UUUUUUCUUUUUAAAAGGAUAAAUAAAGACUCCUAUUUUUUUAUUUUAUUUUUUAUUUGUUUGCCACCCAAACUCUUUCAGUGCCCUUUUUUAAGCAAGGUAAAGCGGCUAACUCUGCUACAAAAGUAGGGUCGUAGGAGAGAUAUCUGUCCGUUGGGAUGAGUACAUGGAUUGACACAGAAGUUACGCUAAAUCCCAAAUCAAGUUUUUAUUGCAUUAAGUAACCUAAGCCUAUGCAAAGAAGCGUCAAAUCACGAUAAAGUUCUUUGAGUAUAUACUUUUUGGUUACCCCUUAAAAAAAAAAAAAAAGUCUAUUUCAUCACUAUAUAAAGGACCUUCUUUCUUUGUUCCUCUUUUCUAUUUUUCUUUGACCCCAAACCGAACAAAAAGGAAAACAAUACAAAAAAAAAUGUUAUCUGCUUCUAUCAACGCUCAAAUUCCAACGACCACUGCCAUCAACGGUAUUGCACCGGCCAAUCUGAAGAAAAUGCAGGAAGUCUUGCCUUAUGGAAAACAUGAGUCCGGUCAAACAGAAACAGCGCAAGAGUCCCAAGAGAAGAUUCUUUUGGAGCCUUUUCAUUAUCUCUGUUCGAACCCUGGCAAAGAUGUGAGAGCAAAGAUGAUUGCUGCGUUCAAUACCUGGUUGAAUGUACCUAAAGAAGACUUGAUUGUCAUUACGAGAGUCAUUGAAAUGCUUCACAGUGCAAGUUUAUUAAUUGAUGAUGUAGAGGAUGACUCUGUUCUUCGCCGUGGUGUACCAGCUGCCCAUCAUAUUUACGGCACACCACAAACCAUCAACUGUGCAAACUAUGUCUAUUUCCUUGCCUUGAACGAAAUUCUUAAAUUGAACAAACCAAACAUGAUUACUAUUUAUACAGAGGAAUUGAUUAAUUUACACAGAGGCCAAGGCAUGGAAUUAUUCUGGCGUGAUACGCUGACUUGUCCCACUGAACAAGAGUUCCUUGACAUGGUGAACGACAAAACUGGCGGUCUUUUAAGAUUAGCAGUAAAGCUGAUGCAAGAAGCGAGUCAAUCACAAAUUGACUACACUGGUCUUGUUAACAAGAUUGGUAUUCAUUUUCAAGUCAGAGAUGACUACAUGAACUUGCAAUCAAAGAAUUACGCUGAUAACAAAGGCUUCUGUGAAGACUUGACAGAGGGCAAGUUUAGUUUCCCUAUUAUACACUCUAUUCGGUCAGAUCCUACCAAUCGUCAGCUUUUAAAUAUUUUGAAGCAGCGUAGUAACUCGGUCGAACUCAAACAAUUUGCAUUGCAGUUAUUGGAAAAGACAAACACAUUCGAUUAUUGUCGCAAAUUCCUAAAGGUUCUGGAAAACGAAGCCCGAGAAGAAAUCAAAUCCCUGGGCGGCAAUCCUAUGCUAGAAAAAAUCAUGGAUGCUUUGAGUGUUAAGGACGAAGAGCAAUAAAGUAACCGUAGCAACCACUUCACCAUGACAACGAAGAAACCUUAUAGCAUAUAACUCAUUGACAUCAUCACAACAAAGCUCUUCUCCCUAGUUGAUUUAUUUAUUUUGAUCACGUUUUCUGUCUUUAUUCCCCCAAUAUAAAAUGAUUGAAAACUUUAAGCGUUAUCAGAUCAUUAACAAAUUUGGAAUGGCUACAACUGUAGUUUUUUUUUUUUUCUGGGCUUGAAUUUCUCCUAGCUCCAACAUCGUAAAAAUUAAGGGGUAAAAAAAGAAAAAAAAGAAAAAAAAAAAAAAGGUGGUUUGCCCUAUUUUAAAAAAACUU